AUGCCGCCCCCUCAACGUCCCAUAAACAACCUUCUAAUCGCCAACCGCGGCGAAAUCGCGAUCCGCAUCCUCCAAGCCGUCCACGAACUCCCCGAUCCGCAACCUACAACAUAUGCCCUCUACACCGAUACGGACAGCACACACGUCUCCCUCGGCCGGCCCGACCAUGCCCUCAAACUGUCUUCCGCAGCACAGUACAUGGACAUCGACCACCUGGUGGAACUCGUGAAAGAGCACAAGAUCGAUGCUGUGCAUCCUGGGUACGGCUUCCUCAGCGAGUCCGCCGCGUUCAGCCGGCGGAUGUGGGAGGAGGCCGGAUGUAUGGUUGUUGGGCCCGGGUGGGAGGUGCUGGAGCAGACGGGGGAUAAGUUGCGGGCGAAGCAGCUUGCUAUGGAGUGCGGCGUGCCUGUUUUGAAAGCGAUGGUGCAGCGACCGGGGAUGAGCGUGCCGUGGCCGAUUUUGCGCGGAAGGUGGA